GCGGCUGCUCCGAUCCCUCGCGAUCCGGCUCUCCAUUCCUCUUUUUCUUGCUCGCCAUCGCUGUGGAGUAAAACCCUAGCGCCAAGAACAGGAAGCUUGGAUCUGUGCGUGGGUUCGUGACGCUUUUGGAGGAAUGGCUGUGCCGAGGGCGCAGCUCGAGGCGUGGCUGAUCGACACGGCCAGUCCCGAUGAUGCAUUGAGAUCCUCUGCUACUGCCGCCAUCGCGAGCGCCGAGGCCGUCACUGGAUUUGCCGAGUGCCUUCUCGCGAUUUCCGCAGAUCAGAAUGGGACGCAGGCGAUUGCCGCCGCGACGUAUUUCAAGAAUUUUUUGCGAGCGCAUUGGGCCCAGAAGGAAAAGAUCCGUGGCGCCGAGCGUAAAAAUCUGAGAGAACAACUCUUGGAAGUGCUUUUGCGAGUGGAUUCUAUUGUUCUCAAUCUAUUGACAGAAGCUUUUCGAAUUGUUGCUUCUCAUGAUUUUUCGGGCCAGGAGAAGUCAUGGCAAGAGCUCGUUCCAGCGUUGCACAAUGCGGUCAAGAACAGUGAUCUUGUUGCUGAUGUAUCCACUGCUCCUCCUUACAAAACUCUGAAUGCUCUUCUUGCAAUUCAGGCCAUCACCAAGCCAUUCCAGUACUUUCUCGAUCCUACUGUUGCGAGAGAACCUGUUCCGCCGCUUCUGGAACUCAUCUCGAGGGAUUUGCUUGUGCCGCUUCACGGGUUUUUCCACCACCUUGUUGAACAGGCCUUAAAGUCAAAAGAGAAAGGAUUUGCGCCACAUGACAACGUCUUGCUUGUGAUUGCAAAGACUUUUCAUCUCGCUAUAGGAUCCCAUAUGCCAGCAAGUGUACUUUCCUGCCUCAAAAUUUGGAUCGGAGAUGUUCUCGCGCUGCUGGACAUUGUCAAUGUCGAUCAAACCAUGGACCUUUCGGAACAAUCUUCUAGACUGAAGGUUUGGAAGCGUUGCUUACAGAUAUGCUGUACACUGGUUGCACGACAUCGAAAACACACCGAACAAUUCUUAUCAGCCAUUUCCGCUGCAUCGCUAAAGAUUGUAAGCAGCCACACAACAGGAAAGGAUAUUCAUGUUGCGCAAGAGCGGAUUAUAUCCUUGGCGUUUGAUUUGCUGGCGAACAUCCUAGAAACUGGGCCUGGAUGGCGACUUUUGUCCCCACAAUUUUCUUCUCUGUUGGAGAAAUCUAUAGUUUCGGCUCUGGUGCUGAGACAAAAGGACGUUGCUGAUUGGAACGAUGAUGAAGAUGAAUACUUGCGGAAAAAUCUCCCCUCUGACCUGGACGAGUCGUGUGGUUGGAGGGACGAUUUACUGACACCAAGGAGGAGUGCUUUGAAUCUUCUUGGGGUUAUUGCCACGUCAAAGGGACCUGCUGGUGCUGGGAAGACACCAAACAAACGCAAGAAAGGGAAAAACAAGGAUGGGACAGCAGGAGAAUUACUAGUCAUGCCAUAUCUGUCUCGAUAUCCUCUACCAACUGACGGCACGUGUUUUGAAUCAACUGUAAGCUACUUCGGAGUUUUGCUCGCAUAUGGCGCCCUUCAGCAGUUUUUUAAGUCGCAGUCGGCCGAGUAUCUGAAAAUGAUACUCCUUUCAAGAGUUUUUCCUAUAUAUUCUUUGACGCCUCCGUCACCUUUCCUGCUAGCAAAUGCGAACUGGCUACUUGGGGAAUUGGCAACUUGCUUGCCUGAGGAUCUGAAGCAGCCAGUGUUUGACUCCCUGAUAUCCGCGAUGCUGGCUGAGAAUGUUGGAGGUGUGUCCUGGAGACCUGUACGUGCGUCUGCUGCUGCUGCUCUCGCAGCUCUUCUUGAGGAGGAUUACAAGCCAGUGAAAUGGUUUCCGUUGCUGCAAGCGAUCGUUUCUUCUGUCAAAUCUGGUGCCGAUGAUGCCAGGCAUGCGCUACAGCUACUGACGACUACUGUUGAGACUGGAGAAGAGGAUGCUGCUGUACAUGUGCCGUACCUUGUUGUGUCGAUCAAAGACGAACUUCUGAGGCAUCUCCCUGCUCCUCCUGACUUACAGGUAGUGGAGCUUGGCUUCUCUUCAAUGGCUGCAUUAGCGCAUUGUUGGGACUCUGCAGAACCAGGUGUCAGUAAGAAAGAUGAGGAGCCUAUAAAGAACUGGAGAGAAGGCUGCAUAACGUUAAGAAAUACAUUUGCGCAGCUUUUGCAACGUGCGUGGAUCUGUUCGCCCGAGAAUGACGCGGAGCAAGUAAAGACACCUCCGUCGUGCUUAAAUGACGCGUCGGUAAUUCUCGGAUGCCUCGUCAAGCAUACAUCGGAUUCUAGCGAUAUGACGAGGCUUAAGAUUGAGCGCCUGGUGCAAGUCUGGGCCGAUUCUAUAGCUGAUUGGAAUGCGUGGGACGAAGAAGAAGACUUGGCAGUUUUUGAUGCCAUGGAGGAGAUUAUCGCUUUCAACGCAAGAUGUCCACUGCAGCAGUUUUGUGUCGCAGAAACGCCGUUACCUCCAGCCCCUCCAGUGCCGCCUCGUUCCAUUCUGGAAGGAAUGGCUGCUUUCGUAAGCUCGGGGAUGGAAUCUGCAUACGCUGCUGCUACAUGGCGGGCUUGCAGACUUUCCCAUACUCUGCUACAUUCGACGUCGGUGUCUUUCGAGGGCGAGGCUGCAGUGAAGCUGUUGGUGUGUCGAUUCACCGAGGCGGCAUUCGGACGGCUAACAGAGCUUUCGAGUUUCAACGUCCCAUUGGCAAAGCCUCUCAUUCUUGUCAUUUCAUCGUGCUACGUCGGGCUGCCGGACAUAGUUGAGAAAGUUUUGUCAGUGGCUGGAAAAACGAAGGAUGUCACAGAGCCUUUCCUGCAAUGGGCCGAAGCUAUGGCAACACUGGCAGAUAUAGACGCUGAUCCUGGCCUUGUUCUUGAAACUGAGCUCAAGCUUGGAGUUAUGUGCCUGCUGAAACUUGUCGAUCGCUUGGCCAACAACGGGACAACGGAGAAGAUCGCCGGCAAGUGCCUUGAGUCACUACUAGAUGCUGCGGUACGCCUUAAAGAAGCUCAACAGACGAAUAAAGCAGAAGGCGAGGAAGACGGUAACGAAGACGACGAUACCAAUGACAACUCAGAAGAGUACUCGGAGGAGGUGAGCGACGAGGAAGACGAAGAGGAGGAGCGCGAGGAAACAGAGGACGAGUUUCUGGAACGCUAUGCCGAGACUGCGCGAGAGCUGGAGGAAGAAGCUAUAGAAGAUGCCGAAGGUGGAACGGAAGAAGACGGUCAAGACAUCGAGCUAGGAGUUUUGGCAUUGGCGGAUGCGGAGAAGUCCCUGGCCUUGUGCAUCCAAAGCCGUGGAGGACUUGUGAUGGAACAGGCUCUUGAUCCCGACCUGGUUUGCAAGUUUGUGCAAGCGUUCCCGCAUUUAAGCUGCUUGUUCCCGCUCACUAGGUGCAGCGAAACGGGAUAGCCGUAAGUAUCUCACGUCUUUGUUCUCAUUUUUAAGAAUGAAUGACUUGUGUUCAUUCCAGUCCUCGUCACUAGGUAUCUGAUCGCCAUUGAAAUUGGAUACACAAGAGGUUGCGUGUAAAAUCCCUGUUUGUCUAUUUCUUUGUUCUUUUCUUUUCCAGAAAUCUCAAGCACAGAAAGCGUGGCCUUCCUAGAUUGAUGGCUGACUAUCUGAGCGAGUCUUUUUGUUGGGACUCUCUUCCUCGGUUGUGGGAAAUCGUCCUAAAAUUCAAUAUUAAAACAAACUAAAACGUUAAUGUAAAAUACCCAUACUUAA